AUGCACCGGCUCAUCCUUGUCUACACGCUAGUCUGCGCAAACUUUUGCAGCUACCGGGACAGUUCUGCCACGCCGCAGAGCGCAUCUAUCAAAGCUUUGCGUAACGCCAACCUCAGGCGAGAUGAGAGCAAUCACCUCACAGACUUGUACCGAAGAGAUGAGACCAUCCGGGUGACAGGACACGGCCACGUGCAGAGUCCCCGCUUCCCAAACAGCUACCCUCGCAACCUGCUUCUGACCUGGCGGCUCCACUCCCAGGAGAAAACAAGGAUACAGCUAGCCUUUGACAAUCAGUUUGGAUUAGAGGAAGCGGAAAAUGAUAUCUGUAGGUAUGAUUUUGUAGAAGUUGAAGACAUAUCUGAAACCAGUACUGUUAUUAGAGGACGAUGGUGUGGACACAAGGAAGUUCCUCCAAGGAUAACAUCAAGAACAAACCAGAUUAAAAUAACGUUCAAGUCUGAUGACUACUUUGUGGCUAAACCUGGAUUCAAGAUUUAUUAUUCUUUUGUGGAAGAUUUCCAACCUGCAGCAGCCUCAGAGACCAACUGGGAGUCAGUCACAAGCUCUAUCUCAGGGGUAUCCUAUCACUCUCCAUCAGUAACGGACCCCACUCUCACUGCGGAUGCUCUGGACAAAACGAUUGCAGAAUUUGAUACUGUAGAAGAGCUGCUCAAGCACUUCAAUCCAGAAUCAUGGCAAGAAGAUCUUGAGAAUCUGUAUUUGGAUACCCCUCAUCAUCGAGGCAGAUCAUAUCAUGACAGGAAGUCAAAAGUUGACCUGGACAGGCUCAAUGACGAUGUCAAGCGUUACAGUUGCACUCCCAGGAAUUACUCUGUCAACUUGAGAGAAGAGCUGAAGCUUACCAAUGUGGUCUUCUUUCCACGCUGCCUCCUUGUGCAGCGUUGCGGAGGAAACUGUGGCUGUGGAACUGUCAACUGGAAGUCCUGUACGUGCAAUUCAGGGAAAACUGUGAAAAAGUAUCACGAGGUGUUAAAGUUUGAACCUGGCCAUUUCAAGAGGAGGGGCAGAGCGAAGCACAUGGCUCUCGUUGACAUCCAGUUGGAUCACCAUGAGCGGUGCGACUGUAUCUGCAGCUCAAGACCACCUCGAUAA